AUGAACAGUUUGAAAUCAAAUCCCAGAAAACGGACUUCAGCUGAGAGGAUGCUUGUCGUGUGGAUAUUUCUCCUGUUUCUUGAGGGAGGAUGUGCUCUGGCACAAAAAACUAAAGAUGGAGGUGCAGGAUCAAAAGGGGUUAGACCUUCUCAACGGCCGCAGCAAUCUCAUCACUGUGGAAACUGGGAACGAAACACAGAAGGUGGCACCUUCAGUUCCCCAAACUACCCGAAAACAUACCCUGCCAACAAGGAGUGCCUGUACGUACUGGAAGCUCUGCCCCGCCAGCGGAUAGAGCUGCUGUUUGAUCAGACCUUCUACAUCGAAGCGUCAUUUGAAUGUCGUUUUGACCACAUCGAGGUGCGGGACGGCCCCUUUAGCUUCUCGCCACUCAUCAAUAGCUUCUGUGGCUCGGCCAGUCCUGGACUCGUCCUCUCGAGCGGACGCUUCAUGUGGAUCCGCUUCUUCAGCGAUGAAGAGCUUGAGGGGAGUGGCUUUAAGGUCCAGUACAGCUUUACAGCAGAUCCUGAGUUUCAUCUGCACGUGGGAGGACUCUUAAACCCCAUCCCAGAUUGUCAGUUUGAGCUGACUGGGGCUGACGGCAUGAUCCGUUCCAGUCAGGUGGAGGAGGAUUAUAAAGUGAAGCCGGACCAGGCAGUGGACUGCAUAUGGACUAUACGAGCCCCUACGAACAACAGGAUUUACCUGCGAUUCUUGGAAUACCAGAUGGAAAACUCAAAUGAAUGUAAGAAGAACUUUGUGGCUGUUUAUGAUGGCAGUAAUGCCAUUGAGGACCUAAAGGCCAAGUUUUGUAGUACAGUAGCUAAUGACAUCAUGCUGGACACCGGUGUAGGAGUAGUGAGGAUGUGGGCUGAUGAGACAAGCCGGCUCAGCCGCUUCCGGAUGCUGUUCACUUCUUUUGCAGACCCACCCUGUUUAGGCAGUGCAUUCUUUUGCCACAGUAACAUGUGCGUCAACACUUCUCUGGUGUGCAACGGCAUUCAAAACUGUAUCUUUCCCUGGGAUGAAAGCAACUGCAAAGAGAAAAAGAGCAAAGGUGUUUUCCACCAGAUCACAAAGACUCAUGGGACAGUAAUCUGUGUGUCGACGGGAGUGGUGCUACUGCUCCUCAUUGUCUCCAUCCUGGUGCAAGUCAAACAGCCACGGAAGAAGGUGUUGGUACGUAAGAAUAACCUGUUCCACCGAGGCGACCUCCAGGAGGUGUUUGACCCUCCACAUUAUGAACUCUUUAACUCUCAGAGGACAAGGUUAGAUAUGUCUGGGGACCUUGGGGAGUUAUCAGAAGAACUUCAGUCCCUGCAGGCGCUCAGGAGAUCCUCAUCGGGUUCACGCUGCAUUCACGAACACCACUGUGGCUCUCAGGCUUCUGUCAACUCCGUCAAAGCCGGUCAAGGUGCACAUGACAUAGACAGUGGAUCCCUGGAGCUUACCCCUUUCAGAGGGGACCUUCAAAGCUCAUUACCUCCCUUUAGAGACUUGAACAGCAGUAUGCGGAAGAAGAGCUGGCCUAGUAUGAAACCAGGACGAACGCAAGGCCAUCAUGGUAUGGGGGAUAGAGUGAUGGGGCGGCAGGAUAGAGUGAUGGAAGAGGGCGAAGAGGAGGAGGAAGAUGGAAGGUAUGAUGUGUAUGUACGCAAAGCAGGAAGCCGAAGAGGGAAUUAUGAAAUGGCCCAGCAAAGAUCCUUGUCCAUGGACUUCUGA